UGUGCUGCUGAGUGAGGGACCGGUGCAGGGAGCCUCGGGGCUGCACUCGCACAAGCACACCGAUGCACACGGACCUUGACACCAACAUGGACACGGACACAGAAACCACAGCACUUUGUUCUUCCAGCAGCCGCCAGGCCUCCCCAUCAGGGACACCCACACCAGAAGCAGAUACUACACUUUUGAAACAGAAGCCAGAGAAACUUUUGGCAGAGCUGGACCGGAGUGGGCCACCUCCUGUCCCUGGGGCCCCCAGACGAAGAGGAAGUAUGCCUGUACCCUACAAACACCAGCUGCGGCGGGGACAAGCUGUCGAUGAACUUGACUGGCCGCCUCAGGCCUCCUCCUCUGGCUCCUCUGAGUCCUUGGGCUCAGCGGACGCAGCCCCUGCCCAAAAGGAUGGUGUCUUUAAGGUCAUGCUCGUGGGGGAGAGUGGCGUGGGCAAGAGCACCCUAGCAGGCACUUUUGGAGGUCUCCAGGGAGACAGUGCUCACGAGAUGGAGAACUCAGAAGACACUUAUGAGAGACGAAUCAUGGUGGACAAAGAAGAAGUGACUUUAAUUGUUUACGACAUCUGGGAGCAGGGGGAUGCAGGAGGGUGGCUGCAGGACCACUGCCUUCAGACGGGGGAUGCCUUUCUCAUCGUCUUCUCAGUCACAGAUCGACGAAGCUUCUCCAAAGUUCCUGAAACCCUUCUUCGUCUCCGGGCCGGAAGGCCCCACCACGACCUACCCGUCAUCCUUGUUGGAAACAAGAGUGACCUGGCCCGCUCCCGGGAAGUGUCACUGGAGGAGGGUCGCCAUCUGGCCGGGACGCUGAGCUGCAAGCACAUCGAGACCUCGGCCGCACUGCAUCACAACACUCGUGAGCUUUUCGAGGGCGCUGUGCGCCAGAUCAGGCUGCGGCGGGGCCGGGGCCAUGUCGGGGGUCAGAGACCAGAGCCUGGCAGCCCCGACGGCCCCGCGCCGCCCACGCGCCGCGAGAGCCUCACCAAGAAGGCUAAGCGCUUCCUCGCCAACCUGGUGCCACGCAACGCCAAGUUCUUCAAGCAACGCUCCAGGUCGUGUCACGACCUUUCCGUGCUCUGAGCCACGGUCGCCAUGGCCACUGCAGUCGCCAUGGUCACCGUGCCCUCCGCUCGCCCCCUCACCUUACUCCUGUCCGUCUAGGAAACCAAAAAUUCCCAGGAUGCCCUGGUGUGAGCGGGAGGCGGGGCCGGGUGGCUGGUCUGUCCACCGCCUCCACUGCCCGGUCUGAACUGCCGAGCACCCACAGCGCCUCAAGGCCUGCGAGUCAGGGAAGAAAUUCGUGCUGCAAGGUAUUUUUUAUUAUUAUUGUUAUUAACUCGCAGGAGGCCACCUCUCCUGGCAAGAGACUCCAAAAACAAGAACUGGGAAAGUGCUUUGUAGCACGUUUACCAAGGAGCUGACCUCCUUGGUACUACUCUAAACAUGCCUUACCUUUAAGCAAACUUUAAAGGUAAAAACCCAGAGAUGACUCUUCCAGAGAUAACUGAAAAUGUUCUCUUAUCCGCCGCCCAGGUCUUCUUUGCCGUUAAGAAAUUCUUAAAGGAAAGAGCCUGGAAGUUAUUCUUGAGAUUGGACUCUGAUUUACUUACUAUUCUACUAUGGCACGUCCCCUUGCUUUCAGGUUAUUGAAGUUAAGGUGUGGGCAGACUCUUUGCCUUUAGAUGCCCUAAAGUAGAGUUGAGUGCUGGCAAUCCCUCUAGCCAGGGCCUAGGAGGCAC